AUGGGUUCAGAAUAUAAUUAUGGCGCCAUUGCUGGCAUCCAAGUGGGAGUCAACCAUGGGACUAUCACGGCAGAACUCCGUGCGCCUAAGCGACACAAGACUUUUCACCGCGACAGAUCACCCACCUUGAGGCACGAUGAAUACACCGUUGCCUGGUUCUGCACGUUGCACAUAGAAAUGGCAGCAGCUCAAGCCAUACUAGAUGAUAUACAUCGGCCAUUGCCAAUCCAUGCGGAUGAUACGAACAUCUACGUGCUGGGAAGUAUCAAGCAACACCAGGUUUUCAUUACAUGUUUACCAACAAAAGAGCACUAUGGACCAAACACCGCGGCAAUUGUUAUAACCAAUAUGAAACGAACAUUUCCGGGAGUUCGCGUCAAUUUGACGGUCGGAAUUGGCGGUGGUGUGCCUAGCAAGUGCAACGUCUUUCUGCGUGAUGUCGUCGUCGGCACAAGGGUGAUGCACCGUGUCAGCUUCGACUAA